AUGCACCGGACGUUUUGCAAACAGUACCACUGUCAAGAAUUUCGUUUCAACUUCCACGAGGAAAGUAACAACAUUGGAGACGUUAAUUUUCAAGCUGCCGUAUGCAUGCAGGGAUGUAAAGCUGUAGGCUACUACCUGUACAGUGCCUAUGGUUAUACAUUAUCACCCAUGGAGAAAGCCAUUGUGAAGACAGGCAUUCAGGAAGCACUGAAAAAGCACUUCAUAGAUGUAGGCGCUGGUGUCAUAGACGAAGAUUAUAGAGGAAAUGUUGGUGUCGUGCUGUUUAAUUUUGGAAAACCGAAGUUUGAGGUGAAAAACGGUGAUCGGACUGCGCAGCUCAUCUGUGAGCAGAGUUUUGAUCCAGACUUAGAGGAAGUGCAGACACUGGAUGACGCUGAGAGAGGCCCAAGAGGCUUCGACUCCACGGGGAAGAAUUAG